GGCGCCCUGGAAGACUACAAGUCCCAAGCGCCCGGCGAGCAGUGGGUCUGACCUGCGGGCGGUGUGUACACAACACACGGGCACAGUUCUAGGGACGAUGGUGGCACCUGGCCUGGGUGCACUGUACGCUGUGCUACUGCUGGUGACCGAGGUGACUGCCAGCGGGGGAGGCGGAGAGGGUCCCCUACACCGGUCACUACUCAGCCCGGAUCUGGGCAGGCAUGGCGGGCCCGGGGGCUGCAGUCACAGGGACCCAGAGUCUGACUCCGCCUGGGACCUUGAGGAGUGUGAUUCAGCGUUUUUUACCUUUCGUGAAAUGGACUGUGAGCCAAGAGGAUCUCCAGCUUGUGAAUCCAUUAUUUCACGGAACACAGAAAAAAUCCUGAGCCAAGCGAAGACUCUGGCUGAGCAGAAGAGAUUGCCAUUUGUCACAGAGGAUGAUGAUACAAAUGAGGAGCUGGCUAUAGGAUAUGUAUUAAUAGGCAGCGGCCUAUACGAUGAAGCUAUAAAACAUUUCUCCUCAAUGCUUCAGGAGGAUGCAGAUCUCGUAAGUGCUAUAUAUGGCCGAGGAAUAGCUUAUGGCAAAAAGGGACUGCAGGAUAUAAAAAAUGCAGAAUUAGCCUUAUUUGAGCUGAGCCGUGUUAUCACUUUGGAACCUGACCACCCAGAAGUAUUUGAGCAAAGAGCAGAAAUUUUGUCUCCACUGGGUCGGAUUAGUGAAGCACUUAGUGACCUCACUAGAGCUAUUCAGUUACAGCCUUCAGCACGGCUAUAUAGGCACCGUGGUACCCUUUACUUUAUAUCUGAGGAUUAUGUAGCAGCACAUGAGGAUUUUCAGCGGUCCCUGGAAUUAAACCCAAACCAGCCAAUAGCCGUUUUAUACAAAGGUUUGACGUUCUUUCAUCGAGGCCUGCUCAAGGAAGCUAUUGAAACUUUCAAGGAAGCCUUAAAGCAGAAGUCAAAUUUUAUUGAGGCAUAUAAAAGUCUUGGCCAGGCCUACAGAGAGCUUGGGAAUUUUGAAGCAGCCAUGGAGAACUUCCAGAAAGCUCUGAUGCUGAAUCAGAAUCAUGUGCAGACACUUCAGUUGAGGGGGAUAAUGCUUUACCACCAUGGCAGCCUACAGGAGGCUCUGACAAACUUUAAGAGAUGUCUUCAGCUGGAGCCGUAUAAUGAAGUGUGCCAGUACGUGAAAGGGCUCAGCCAUGUCUCUAUGGGCCACUUCUAUGAAGGAAUUAAAGCUCAGACUAAAGUUAUGUUAAAUGAUCCAAUGCCUGGUCAGAAGGCAAGUCAGGAAUAUUUGAAGGUGAAGUACUUAAGAGAAUACUCCCGUUACUUGCACUCCCAUCUUGAUACUCCAGUCACAGAAUAUAAUAUUGAUGCAGAUCUUCCUGGUAAUUUCAAGGAUCAUUGGGCAAAAAAUCUCCCUUUUCUCAUAGAAGAUUACGAGGAACAGCCAGGACUCCAACCACACAUAAAGGAUGUUUUGCCUCAGAAUUUUGAUAGCUACAAACCAGAAAUACAAGAACUCAUUUGUGUAGCAGAUCGCUUAGGGGCUUUAAUGCAGUACGAAACAUCUGGAUUUCUACCGAACAAAAGAAUCCACAGAGCUAUGGGGCUGGCAGCUCUUGAAGUCAUGCAAGCUGUCCAGAAGACAUGGAUGAACUCUAAAGUGCGAAUUAAUGGAAAAACCAGGCUUAUGCAGUGGAGAGAUAUGUUUGACAUUGCUGUUAAAUGGAGAAGGAUUGCUGACCCGGACCAGCCAGUGCUUUGGUUAGAUCAAAUGCCAGCCCAGAGUCUUAUCAGAGGAUUCAACAACCACAUCAAUCUCAUCCGAGGUCAGGUCAUCAACAUGCGAUAUCUUAAAUAUUUUGAAAAGAUUCUCAGUUUUAUAAAAGAUCGGAUAAUGAUUUAUCACAGUGCCAACAAUCCUAGAGGUCUUUCAGAAGUUAGAGAAGCAUUAGAAAAAGUUCAAAAGGUGGAAGACCUCUUGCCAAUAAUGAAGUUAAACAGCAAAACAAGAGAUGGGUUCACAGUGAACACAAAAGUUCCCAGCCUCAAAGAUCAAGGGAAAGAAUAUGAUGGAUUCACAAUAACUAUAACAGGAGAUAAAAUUGGAAAUAUAUUAUUUUCCGUGGAAACACAGACAACAGAGGAGAGGACGCAGUUGUACCAUGCAGAGAUUGAGGCUCUUUAUAAGGAUCUUACAGCAAAAGGAAAAGUCUUAGCACUUUCUACAGAACUGGGAGAGGCAGAUGUUGUAUGUGAACUGAUUCUGUCAUUGGUGUAUUAUUUCUACAAUUUAAUGCCGCUCUCCAGGGGAUCCAGUGUGGUUGCCUAUUCUGUAAUUAUGGGCGCUUUAAUGGCCAGUGGUAAAGAGGUUUCAGGGAAGAUUCCUAAAGGAAAGCUGGUGGAUUUUGAAGCCAUGACAGCACCAGGAUCAGAAGCAUUCAGCAGAACUACCAAAAGCUGGAUGAGUCUAAGAAGCUUGCCUGCCUCGUACAAAAGCCUUCCAUCUGUAUCGGAGUCAUUCCCUACACUGAGAGCCAUGAUUGAAGUGCUGAACACUGACUCCUCCCUUCGCUGCAUUAAGAAAUCAUGAUAGUUUCCAUAGUUCUACAACCGAAUGGGACCUUAUGCUUAUUAAAUUAUUUUAGAAUUUUAUUAUUUCCGCCCCCAAAAAAGUGCAAUUGCUGAACAAAUUUAGGUUCUUUACCACUUUUGGUAUUUUUUUAUUUUUUUUUUGAACAUUUCCAUCAAAACUUGAAUUGAUAUAAUGUCACUGAGCAUUUAAGAGACCAAACCAAAAUGUUUAUAAUGUGAAAUUGAGAGAAGCUCCUGGCCUCCGUGUUACUGGUCAGGAUUGGGUUUUGCAUUGAUGAUUUGCUGUUGAUUUAUUUCUCUGUCUAAUUCACUUUCUUUUGUAUUCCAUUUAUGUUUUAACUAUAAAAAAAAACAUAGGUUACACCAAGCAAAUCAUUUCUGUUGAUAUGGCAGGUAGCCUUAACAAUGUGUUAAAUUUUAAAGGGAUUUCCCUACAAUAUAAGUUACUAUAGGAUUAGCAUUGACACUCUCGGUAUAGCACCACCACCUAGCAGGGCCCCAUACACAUUGUGAGGUCUACUGAUCCUGUUAAAAUCGAUGGGUUUGUCAACUUAAAGAGGUUAUCCAGGAAUCAAAAAACAGCGCCCUCCUUGUCUCCACUUUGGGUGUGGUUUAACAAUUUGGCUCCAUUCACUUCAAUGGAACUGAGCUGCAGAACCACACCCAACCUGGAGACAAACAGCAAGAGGUCUUAGAAAGAAAAAAGGCCUGUUUUUUGAUUCCUGGAAUACCCCUUUAAUUUGAAUCUGUCACAUGAAAUAUGCAUAUGAAACUGUAACUUUUCAGUAAGAGGAUACAAAUGAUACCUGUGAAACCUGUGGAUGAGGGAUUUUUUCACAAAUUUUUUUAAUUUUUAUAGACCAUGUAGUGUCAGAGAGGCGUGGCCUAUGGUCUUCUGUGCCCCGGGGCCGCACCGCUGCAGUGCUGUAAAUCACAGCCCAUGGUCGACUGACACUGCAAAGCUUUGCUCAAGUCCCACGUCUGUGCAGAUACAUUGACAGGGGGGAUAGGGAUUGGAUAUGUAUCUUUUUGGAGCUGGUGAAUGUAACAGAUUACAGAUCGCCUUCAGUAACGCUCACCCCAUCUGUGCCACGUUGCAAAACUACAGCAAGGUUUGUUGAUGUAAACCAGGAAUGGCCAGUCUGUCAAUGGGCAAGGAUUUACUGCACAGAGGCGCUGUUUCCCUGGGGCACAAAAGACCCUAGGUCAGUGUUUCCCAACCAGGGUGCCUCCAGGUGUUGCAAAACUACAAAUCCCAGAAUGCCUGGACAACCUUUGGCCAUGUCUCUUUUACUGCAACAGGACAUAAAAUUGCAUUAUUUUUUUUGUCAGCAUAGACACUCACCAACAGGAUUCACAGCUAUCAUUCGUAUCCUCUUACUAAAAAGUAUAUGUUUUAGUGCCUUUUAGUUUUAUAUGUGUAUUUCAUGUGACAGAUGUGUAUGGUCAGCUUUUAAAGCAGUAUGAUUAGUUGCUAGUAUGAGAAUAUACUGCAUUUUCCCUUUCACUUUAAUACCAACAAGAUUGUGAAGCUGGGGCACUGGUGAGUGUCUGUUUCGGUCGCACCUAAUUUCACAUGGUUAUUCCACAGGGCCUGUAUACUUGCUUAGAAAUGGAAGAACAUCCAGCUCACCUUCCCCCUAAUCCUGGUAUGCACAGAUCUACACAGCCAAAUACAAGUCAAUAGCGUAAACAGAAGUAAUAUGAUCCUGCAAAUCCCAAGAAACUUUAAAUGGGCACUGUCACCAACUUUAUUUUUUGAUGUUGUAGUACUUAUGUACUACAGCAUAUCUCUAAUAUACUUUUAUUUUUAUUUAUUUUUCAUUAAAAAGGUUUACAGUAUAUACUCGAGUAUAAGCCGACCCGAGUAUAAGCCGAGACCCCUAAUUUCAACCCAAAAUCCCAGGAAAAGUUAUUGACUCGAGUAUAAGCCUAGGGUGGGAAAUACAUCAUCCCCCCCUGUCAUCAUCCAGACCCGUCAUUAACAUCUUCAUCAUCAUCACCGCCUGUCAUCAUCCAGACCCUCAUCAUCAUCACCUGUCAUCAUCCCCUUGUCAUCAUCCCACACAUCCCCCCUUCAUCAUCCCCUUGUCAUCAUCCCACACAUCCCCCCUUCAUCAUCCCCUUGUCAUCAUCCCCACCCCCCUUCAUCAUCCCCUUGUAAUCAUCCCACACACACCCCUUCAUCAUCCCACAC